GGCGGAUAUCGAGGGCCAUUGGACUGUUUGCACGCCUGUCAUAAAACUGAAAACACCCAGCUUUCCCCUCGGUACGGAAGCCGGGAUGAGCCAAAUCGGUUACGCGGCGGUGGGUCUCCACCCGAGAGUAUGGCGGCCGCUUGUAUAUUGGUGAGAGAAUGACGCGGAGAGAUGAAAGAGGAUGGAAAAGAAACACGAACUGGGAACUUAUUUUAUUAGCUAACUUUUAUUAGCGUUUCAUUUUGCAAGCGUUGCUCAAAUACGCCACAAGGCCGGUGGUAAAAAAUUCUGUCUGCCGUGUAUCCAGGUUUUUUUCUUAGGAGUGCCCUCGCCACAGCAAGUUUUUUUAAAACCAUGCAUUACAAUGGUUAUGUUGGCAAAUUAUAAAGCACAAUUAAUUCAUUGCAAAGCUGUUUGUUUUCAUUUUGUAUAUAUUUGCAAAUCGUAAGCCUUUUUGCAACCAAAUAUUAAUCAAUGUCGCGUCUGUCGGAGAGGAUUUCUGCAAUGAAGCCCACUUUCCGACGGAGACUCUUUGUGCUUUGGCUGUUUAUUUCACAUAGCUAAGCUGAGGUAGCAAACAAUUUACCCCUUUUUCCUGCCUGCCCGGGAAAUGAAACGCAACAAUUAACUUGAAUAGGCAAUCAGGUGGUUAUUUUGUUUCAAUUUAAAUGUCGACAAUAGAACAUUAGCAUUUUUGCUUUUCGUUGGCAUUCACGGAAUCAUCCUAGAGGUGCAAUGCGUGAGUAUAAAGUUGUGGUCCUGGGCAGUGGUGGGGUCGGAAAGUCCGCCCUAACAGUGCAGUUUGUGACGGGAACCUUCAUAGAGAAGUAUGAUCCUACGAUCGAGGAUUUUUACCGCAAGGAAAUCGAGGUGGAUUCGUCGCCCUCGGUGUUGGAGAUUCUGGACACCGCCGGUACCGAACAGUUCGCCUCAAUGAGGGACCUAUACAUUAAAAACGGCCAGGGGUUUAUACUGGUCUACAGCCUCGUCAACCAGCAAAGCUUCCAGGACAUAAAACCCAUGCGAGAUCAGAUCAUAAGAGUGAAAAGGUACGAGAAGGUGCCGGUGAUCCUGGUGGGGAAUAAGGUGGACCUGGAGAGCGAGCGGGAGGUGUCGUCGGGGGAGGGGCAGGCUCUGGCCGAGGAGUGGGGCUGCCCCUUCAUGGAGACGUCGGCCAAGAGCAAAACCAUGGUGGACGAACUGUUCUCCGAGAUCGUGCGGCAGAUGGACUACGCCGCCCAGCCAGACAAGGACGACCCCUGCUGCUCCUCCUGCAAUAUACAAUAGCCCCGCCCUGGGGAGGGCAGGGCGCACUGGGAGCCCCAGCAUGGGAUCACAUGUAUGAACGUAACAAAAAAAGAAAAAAAAGAACAUGAAACAAAAUGGUGGUUGCAUGAUGGGUUCCUCUAUGAUGCAUUAUAAGCAGUUAUAAGCAGUAAUUUUAAUGUUGGUACAGUGUUUGGAAGGUGAAGGAAACGGCAGUUGUAGGAAGGGCCAGGCAGGAUUGAUUGGUUCACCUCACACACCCCGUUUUUAAGAACCCUCUGGCACAAAAGUUUGGUCUGUUUGCUCUUGGACCAUCACCAAAUUAAGUUUUUUUUAUUUUAGUUUUUUGGAUUAGUUUUAAAUUCAAUGUAACUUGCUUGCAUUCUCACAAAUUAUUUUACUUCUUAUUUUUAUCGGUUUAUUUUGUUUCAUUGUCCCUCUAUUUGUCCUCCCAGCUUCUUUCUUUUUUUUUUGAGCAAUGACAGCAGAUAACCCCCUGUUUAACGUCUGUUAAACAGGGAUGUGCGAUUGAUUAAAUCUGUUUAGCCCCUCCUCUCAGGAGUGUUCAUCCACCUUCCAUCCUUAUUAUUCAGAGGAAUGAAAUGAACAGAAUGGAGCAAAUGGUGUUCUGAUUGAAAGUCAUGAUUGUGUUGUUGCUUUUUUCCCUAUUCUUCCUCCUUUUCUAGAAUUUUAUUUUUAUUUUAUUUUUUUAAGACAGCACAUGACCCAGAGGUUCUGCCCUAGACUUCUCUUUUAUCGCCUGUGUCCUUGUGAUAGUUUCAUUCUGCUUCAGUUCAACCCAUCUGCAAAUCUGGCUGCUCUGGUUUUAAUCCCAACUCUUCAGAUUUCCCAUUCGGUCAGUAUUUUGGUUAUGUCCUGACUUCAGGAUAAAUAUGAGUCAUUAGGAGAGAUUCCAGAACUCUCAGUGAAUUGUCUGUCCUUUACAUGCGUUCUGAUUGGCUAAUACACAGUUAGCAGGCUGCCCCAAGUGUUGGUGUGUGUGAACUACAACAAUCUCAUCACGUUGAGGUUUCACGAUACAACAUCUCGAUGAGCCGUAAGUAUGGUUUAACCUUAAUUAUCACAGUACGACAACGAACAAAAUGCCAGCUGCAAAUGUGUAAAUAUUUUGUACGAAAAGGAUUGAGCUAUUUAGACUGCAUUGAAAUGGAAUUGUGAACCGUACGCAUGGCUAGUUACCGGCAAAAUUGGGCCCAUAGUGGACAGCUCGUUUCCGCAGAUUCUGUAACGGACUUUGAGACCUGGACACUGAGCUGCACGUCAGUAACGAGUCCCGCAGGAGAGACAGGCCUUGUUGACCUUGUUGCCAUUUUCAUUGUUGAUUUUAUAUUUUUUUAUGUGAACAUUUACUCUUCCCCGCCCUGACUGAAUGGUGACACGCUUUUGUUUGGCACCUGAACAAUAAAAGACGUCUUCAACA